CCACUUAUCAAUCAACUUCCGUGGGAAUCUCGCAUAUGGUAAUGGGUAAAUGGUACGUAUAUUAUUGCAAAAGUAUUAUGAUUUCUAAACGCAUAUUCACGGGAAUUGCUUUAGAGCUUGUCAAGUGGAUCUGUCAGUGCGAAUACAUCAAUCCUUUCAGAGAUAGUGCAAGUUAUGAAAGAAAACUCGGAAAUUAUGAAAAGAAGCUUGGAUAUACUGAUUUGAAGUUGCCAAACUCUAUAACGCGCGCUAAAAUUUACAGAGCAUUAGAAAAAGUUCAAAAAUGGUUCAAAGAUGUGAUGGCUCGCUUGAACUCAAAUUGGCAGAAUAAUAUGGUUUUUAGGGAAACAAAAUAUACGCCAUAUCUCAAUGGAUACAAGCCGGGUCACAGUAUUUUUGAUAUUGAUGACAUAUCAAAUGAUGCAUUUAAUACCAUAGCUGUCCAAACGAUCCUGGAUUUGAAGAAGCACAAGAGAACCAUUGGAUUUUCCGAUGAAGAAAAAGGACAACUGGUGGACUAUCUUCAUAUCCUUAUGGAACAACAACCAUCACGCAGAUUAUUCUUUGUAUUUUUAUCAGAUAUGACGUACUUUUAUGUUACAGCCUUUGAUAGGAACACUAGUCAGUAUCAAGAAUACCAAACUGAUUUCAAGACAGGAUUACGUCUAUUUAGUACAUCGAUUUAUCGAAAUUCAGGCGUAAAAAUAUGUGGACCUACAAGCGUCGACUUUGUUAAUCCAGUAUCUUCAAGUCGCACAAAACUAUCAAAAUAA